AUUGUAGCUGUAGCUGAAUUGAGGAGCAGGGUUUGAAGCCCGCACCUGAUUUUGUCCCCAUCAGCUGCACCGUCGGCGCGCCUCCUCCUCCUCCUGCCCACCAAUGGGGAGCACAUAUUUAAAAAAUUAUCAGCCUCUGUUGCGGCACUUCAUUCUCUCGCACCGGCAGUAGGCGGUGUAGCAAAAGACACGGGGAAAAAUGUGGAGCGAAUCCAGUCUUGUGUCGGGAGGCUGGCGGACGACAGCGAGUAGGCAGCCCGUGUGAUGCUGAUGCUGCUGCUGCUGCAACACCUCUGGAGGCGAUGCGGGAGACGCGGUGCAGCAGGCAGUAAAAAAGGCAAAGGAGCCGAUAGGAGGAGAGCAGCAGACAGACUACUACAGGAGAUGGGGAGCCGCUGACUGGGAGAGAGAGAGACAUAGAGAGAGAGACAAACAGCCCAUGGUGGAGAAGCUACAGAGACGGAGGGGAGACAACCGACAAGCCCGGAGAUAAGGUGACUGAACCCCUGAUCGUCCAGUUCCAGCACUGCCGACGGAGACCCCCGCAUCCUCCAGUCGCUCUUGGAGGAGGGGAGAAAACAAAAUAAACCCCGGUGGUGAUGGAUCUGCAUUCAGCUUCAAACAACAAAGUGAGCAGAAUUCCAGUGAUGGCACGACUCAUCCUUUCCCUCCUGCUCCUCUGCAGAUGCCAAAAUAGUCUCUGCCAGUCAUCCUCGGAGGCUCAGAAGGAGACGGGCGCCAACGACAACAGCACAGUUUUCACCAGGAUCCUGGACGGGCUCCUCGAUGGUUACGACAACAGGCUCCGGCCGGGUCUUGGAGAAAAUGUCACAGAGAUCAAGACAAAUAUUUUUGUCACCAGCUUCGGCCCCGUGUCUGACACCGAGAUGGAAUACACCAUUGACGUGUUCUUCCGUCAGAGCUGGAAGGAUGAGCGCCUGUGCUUCAAAGGGCCCAUGGAGAUGCUGCCGUUAAACAACCUGCUGGCCAGCAACAUAUGGACUCCCGAUACUUUCUUCCUUAAUGGCAAGAAGUCUAUUGCUCAUAACAUGACCACGCCCAACAAGCUGCUGAGGCUGCAGGAUGACGGCACUUUGCUUUACACUAUGAGACUGACCAUAUCAGCAGAGUGCCCCAUGCAGCUGGAGGAUUUCCCCAUGGACGCACACGCCUGCCCUCUCAAGUUUGGCAGCUAUGCCUAUCCGGUGUCAGAGGUGGUCUACACUUGGACUCAGGGAGCUGCUAAGUCUGUGGUGGUGGCAGAGGACGGCUCCAGGCUAAACCAGUACCAUCUUCUUGGGCAAAGUGCUGGCACAGAGGACAUACACACAAGCAGAGGACAGUAUACAGUGAUGAUGGCCCACUUCUACCUGAAGAGGAAGAUUGGAUAUUUUGUCAUCCAGACAUAUAUGCCGUGUUUCAUGACUGUAAUCCUGUCCCAGGUGUCAUUUUGGCUAAACAGAGAGUCAGUCCCUGCUAGGACUGUCUUUGGGGUGACCACCGUGCUGACCAUGACCACCCUCAGCAUCAGCGCCAGGAACUCGCUCCCCAAAGUGGCCUACGCUACAGCCAUGGACUGGUUCAUUGCUGUCUGCUACGCUUUCGUCUUCUCUGCCCUCAUUGAGUUUGCCACAGUGAACUAUUUCACCAAGAGGAGCUGGGCCUGGGACGGCAAGAAAGCUCUGGAAGCACAGCACCCAAAGAAACGAGACCCCAUGGUGCUGUCGAAGAAGCCCAACAAUGUUUGCUCAGCGGGCGUCAACUACACCCCCAACCUCACCAAGGACGUGUCCAUUUCCACAAUCUCCAACACCACGUCAGUGCAGCUGCGAGCCUCCGAGACCAAGAUGGCAGAUCCCAAGAAAACCUACAACAGCGUCAGCAAGAUCGACAAGAUGUCUCGGAUAGUGUUCCCCGUCCUGUUUGGAACCUUCAACCUCGUCUACUGGGCCACGUACCUUAACAGAGAACCGAUGGUGAAAGGAGUUGUCACUUCAACGUAAUUGCUCUUUUGUUCUUUUUUGUUUGAGACAGAGAGUUCAUGCAAGGGAGGAGGGCGGUUUGAGCCUAAUUGGAGAGUGAAUGGACUAAAAAGAUAAAGGGUCAGUGCCCUGGACUAAAAAAAAUAAAAUAAAAAAAAUUAUAAAAAAGUAAAAACAAAUAUCUGCGCUUGAAGAACAAAACAGAACUAUACUCAGCUAUCUAAUUCAAGCACUUUGAAUGGAUGCAAGGCUGCAACAGAAUCCCUUUCCUGUUUUUCAUGGCCUAAAAAAACUGCUUGAUCAUGAAGAAACUGCUUCGAAGACUAUGUCGACAGGAGAGCGGGUGCUUUGCUUCUUUCUCAUCUAUCCUUGCUGCAGUUUGCAUGACGCUCUCCUCAAAAGGAAACAACAAACUCCUCUUUGUCUUGAAUACCGACCAUGUAUAUGUCAAUCAUCGCUUAAAGUAUGGGAGCGCACUUCAUCACUACUACUCGAGGAAUUGUUUUAAACUUCAUAUUCGUACCGGGAAGGCUUGAAAUGCACUGAGCUCAUGCUAUGAAAAACAAACUUUGCAAUCUAACAUGCAUUUGAAUUUGAAAAAAUGGAUUUAAAAAUGUAAUUUCACACCAUGUGGAAGAAACAUCUCUUGAGAUUAAUGCUGCAAGUGCAUUAAUAUUUUAGUUUUAUGUCUCUGUUUUGAAACAUUUUGCUAUGUUUUCCCCUCUCCUAUUGCAGUGGGUGCUUGUGUCUCUAGUUGGACAUCUUUACUUGAAGAUUCAAAGCCUACUGCUGCAGGCCUGGUUUCCCAAAAGCUCUGACAGUAAGAGUCUCAAAGAAAAAUGGUGAGAAAAAAAAAACAUAGAAUGCUGCUUGAAAGCAGCAAAAAAAAAGUAAGAUUAUCAUUGCAGGGGCUUCUGAAUUUUAAAUUAAGAAAUUAAAAAGUCGCCAUUUCAGACAGCAUGCCAACAAGAAUAUUACAAAAUCCUCUUUGGCCCACUUACGUAGGGUGACUGGACAGCUGUGACUGAUGUGUUAGCACAAAUUUGGCAUCGGAUGUAUGUGGUUUAGCUGAAUUUUGAGCCCUGAUCACUCAUCUGGGAAACUAAUAUACACAGUUGAGAGACCAGUGCUUGAAAUGCAGAGUGUGUCACAUACAAAUCAGCAGAGUGAAGUGGAGAGUUUGGAGAUUCAGUGAAGUGGCCACGGUUAGAGUCCCUGUUUAGGCAAAAGUUUACUCCACUCGUGUCCUCAGGCAAGGUGCUGGUUUCAUAAUGACAAACCUCUAUCUUAACCAAACUUAAGAUAGACUACUUAGUUUGUCCACUGCACAAGGACGCCAAAGUCUUGACUACCUUAAGUAGGAUUAAUUUGCCCUAAAUUUUGGGUAAAUGAUGCCUGACUGUUCAGAAAAUGUUCAGUCUAACUAUAAAAUCCAGUUUAACAAGUGUUUCUGAAACUGGCUGCCAGUCUGCUAGGACAAAAGAAAACUAAAUAAAUCAUUAGCUUAUCUUUAUACUAGUAGUGCCCUACUAGAAAACCUGCUCAGUUAUGUGUCAGAAAAAAAUAGGAAAAUCCAACCCCCACAAAAUAGAAAAAGACCACUACAAACUAUACUAUAAAGGCCUGAAUAACUUGGAACGUGCUAAUGCUAGUCAGUUGCCUUAAAAGAGAAUAACCAUGUAUUUCCCCCUGGUGUAUUUCUCAUUAAUGUGGCUUCUGUGGCUCAAAGCGUCAUGCUAACUUUACACUCUGCACCUCAAUUGUAGAGAUUCAGGAAAACGACGUUCAGUCAGGGCAGUUAGCGGCAGCUUUUUACAUGAAACAUUUUAAAUGUGUUUUCUCAUGUUUGACUGAAAGUGAACAUGUCUUUGAUUCAGCACUUCAGACAAUGUUAUCCCCAGAUGUAGAUCCCUAAUGCAGUUCAUAAAAUGCCUGUUGCAGGUGGCUAAUUUCUGUGUUUGACUUCAGUCAGAUUGAACACUUUUAAAACGAUUCAUGUAAAAAUCAUCUUUCUCUUGAGCUCAUGCUAAUUGCUCUUGCUAAUUCCUGCGAUUGUUCAAGAUUUUAUUUAAUUAAAAGUUAACUAAAAAGGGGAAAAGCUGUUCUAGCUUUCUACGUACUUAGCAAACUUGCUAGCUCACUUGCUAAUAAGUAAAUAAAAUCACAGUUUCUUUAACAGGGUUCUUCAAAACAUCAACUCCUGUUCAUGUUCUUUUUGCUGUACUCUGACAGAGCAGGGUAAAAGUGGGAAACAGAUAAUAAGCUACAAUAGCUUCCCCCAGCUUGGACUCUGAGGUGCUUUUCAUUAAGCUAACUUGUGUUUCCUCGCGUCCUCUCUCUCUACCGGAAACUGUCCCCCCUCCACCAUCAUGGAGGAUGAUCCAGUUAGUGAAAUGCAUGUUGAGGAGAUGAGGAAGCUUGAGGAGGAGCUUGAGCCUGAGGGGGAGACAGGUGUGACCGAAGUGGAAAUCUUUUAUCAAGUGGUACAAUCCAGCUGAGCAGCACGCUAUGAGUAUCUGAACUUAAGACAGACACUAAGGAGCGAAGAGUUUUUUUUUUUUUUUUUUUUUUUUACAUUUUGCAGCUUCAGCUCGUCUGUCCUCACAUCUCUUCUUCACAUACUUGCUAACAUCUUUGCUGAGAGGAGAUAAAAUGUAAGGAGACACAUUCGUAUAAUGAAAAGCACCUAUGGUUUUGUGGAGCUUUAGAACUCAGUCCUCUCAAUGUGGCUUGCAAAUGAGCAUUCAGCGCAAAUUUGUUUGGUAUCAAAUUGAACUCCAUGCACUCAAUUUGCAUGAAUUUACUUCCACUUUCACAGAUUUUUUUUGAGAAAUUUCCCCUUUUUGAAUGCUGGUGGGACGAGGCCUGUAAGCUGCAAAGAAUUUGGGAAAUUAGGCCAAGGGUCAUAAGGGAAUCAUGUAAAUAGCCUUUUUAUUUUUAACUUAACUCUUUGCUUUGACACAAAAAAGAUAGUGUUGAGAAUCUCACGUUUGCGUUUUUUCAGCCCUUAGAAGUAAAAAAAAAAAAAAAAAAAAAAGCCAAAGUCUACUUCUGACUUUUAACUUAUUAAGAGUAUGUUCCUUAAUGUUUAUGUGUACAUCUGUAAGACUCUUUCGUUCUUGUUGCUUGUAGAGGAGCUUACGUCUGAUCGAACUUUAAUCUUUGGACUGGAUCUGAUUUCUAUGCGUUUUCUUUCUACACCGACUUAAUUAAACUGGAAGCAAUGAGCACAUGUUGUGGCAUUAUGGCUCGAGCCCACCAUAGCACAGCAUGUGGGACUUGUUGGUCUAUGGUGAGACAUACUCAGGAACAAAAGGACUCAUGCUCCCAGCAGAAGACUUGCCUCUGAGUCACUGCUUCUUUAAUCACAUGGAUUGUGAACAGUGUAGUUCCCUCUCACCUGCUGCUGGGAGCAUCGUCCUGGAUAACUUUAGGGCACCGAAUAGAUGUUGAAACCACUGGCUUGGUGGAAAACCGUGUAAAUAAAGACGACAUGAGCUGCUACUGUAUCUGCUUUGCUUUGUGAACUUAAAGUGGACCUAGAAGAAAUCACUUUAAGAUAUCUGCUUUUAUUUUGACUGCUUCUGCCAUGAUGUUCUGUAGUAGUCUUUGUGCCCGUUUGAUUGAUGUUGAAGCUGCCAUGUAUGGAAAUGUAAGGUGGCGCUGUCUGUCAGCUAAGACGAUGUUUCAGUGCUUGUUAAAACGCGGCAGUGGCAUAAACGUAAGUCCAAUGAAGUGCAGGUGAAAGACGAUCUAUACAUCUGUCUGUCUAGGGUCGACAAGGCAGCCGAGUGUAGAUUACCAGACCAGACAUCCCUUUCCCUGGUAACAACCUCCAAGUUCUCGGUCUGUUCCUCUACUCCCUGUUUGUUUCUGACUCUGCUGCUUAUACAUAUUAUCAAGCAAAAGGGCACACUUUCCUCUUUGUUUCUGAUUGGGUCCUGCAGUAGUUGAGUCUUUCAACAAAAUUGCGAUCAUGUGUUUGUUGAGCUGAAGUGUACCAGUGCUGCUUCAUUAGAGCUUUAUUGCUUUUGUGUUAUGUUAACAAAGGAAAUGAUACUGUAAUAAGGGUUUUGCUCCCUGCUCAUGUAAGUGCAUACUCUGUAGCCUUCUUUAUUUCUCUCUGUGGAUGACAGCGUCAGUCAUGCUGAACUAUCUCAACAGCUGUUGGAUGGAUUGUAGAAAAAUUUGGUGUAGACAUUCAGUUUCUUAGUAACUUUGGUUAUCCUCUGACUUUUCUUUAACCCUCCUGUUGUCCUCAUUUACGGGCACCAAAAAAUAUUGUUUCCUUGUCUGAGAAAAUCCCAAAAUUCAGCAAGAAAAUUCCCCAAAUUUAUGAAAAUUUGCAAAACCUUCAGGAAGAGAAUUCCAAUAAUUCCUUAAAAGUUUCCCUUAAAAGUUUUUUUUUAAUCCCCCAAAUUUGGCAAGAAAAUUCUUGUAAAUAUUUUCAAAAAAAUUAGCAAAAAUCUUCCAAAAAAAUCCUAAAAAGUUCUAAAGUGAUUACAUAUAUAUCAGUAAAACUUCUAAUAUUUUCUUGAAGAACAUUCACAUAAAAAUCAACCAAAAUCCAGUGAAAUUCACUGGAUUUUGGUUGAUUUGUUUGUGAAUGUUCUUAAGAAACAUUUUUAACAUGUCUUUUUUCCACCAAAAAAUGUUCAAAGAUUUCCCAAAAAUGUUGAAAAUGUGGACAUCAGAAGUUUCACUGUGAAUUUUUUUUUUCCUCCACAUUUUCAAACUUUAAACUGGGUUAAUUUUGACCCGCAGGACGACACGAGGGUUAAGCACUGUCAUUAAAUCAGACUUUAAGUUUGUGCAAUACUUUAGUUUCUGACUAAACACCUGUACAGCUAAUUUAGUUGAACUGAGCUUAACUCUGAGGCAAGGAGCAAGCUAGAUAAAAAUCAAAGGUAAAAUUGCAAAUGUGGCCAUGUUAUACCACUCAGUAGCCAACAAUGUUCCAAACCGUAAGGACAUCCAUUAGUAUGGUAAAUGAAGUAAAUACAGUUAACAGGAUAAACAUUAGACCUGCUUUGCAUCAGCAUGUUAGCUUCGUUAUUGUAAGGAUCCUCGCUUGAUUUGGAUGUUCUAAGCCCAUAAAUGGACUACAUCAGUUGUUUUCAUGACAUCGUUUCAUGACGUUAUAAGUUGUUAUUAUGACGAUAUUAGUUAUCGUGACUAUUUCAGUUGUUUUCACAAAAUUAUUGGUCGUUAUCACAAAGCUACUGCUUAUUAUCAUGACACUAUCAGUUGUUAUCAUGGCACUAGCAUUUACCUGUUAGCAUUACUGUAGAACAGUGGUAGGCAAAUUGCGAAAUCCUCUUAAAACAACAACAAACAAAAAUUCCCUCAAGUACAGUUCAAGUUUAGCUAUUUUUAGUUUGCAUCAAAAGUUUUAUCAUAAAUCCUCUGUAGAAAACAAUGCAAGUAAAGGGCUCGUGUAACUUUUACCAACUGUAAUGUCAUGACAUCUAAUAAUAGUCAGUGUCUCCACAUGAUUUAACAGCUGGGGUGAAGUGUAAUUCUAUCACCUCUAGGUCGUUUCAUAAAUCAACUUUAUUCCUAAAUUAAUCAAAAGAGGACCACUCCUCUACUCCCUCAAAAAACAAAAAAACAACCUAUGUUUAUACACUAGACUAGCCAGGGAAAAGACAUGAAGGCAUGUUGGGAAAGCAGGAGCACAUCACUUCAUUUACAACAGCUGUCACUUCCCCGCAGGUCAGAGGAUCUCCAUACUGCUAGAAGUUGAUAGACUACAUCCAGUCCACAUACAUCUUUUCUUGACAUCCAAGAACUAAGCGUCCCUAUCUAUCCAUCCAUCCAUUUAACCAUCUCUCUCUAUUGCCAGUCAAGAAUCGACUGCCCACGCCUCCCUCGUUCCUUCAGCCACUGUGACAGACUCAUCUGCCAUACAUCUGUUAGAAAAGGGAUUUAGUUCUGCUUAAGUUGCUUUCACCCGUUCAGGGGGGCCCUUACAGCACAGCGCUUCUCUCCAAUUUAAGCCCCGACUGGCGCAGCCCAAUGACAAACACUUGUUUUUCUCAGUGUGUUGUCUGGACAGCUGUGACUGGUGCGUGUGAGGGACAAAUUUAGGAUUGAUUAUAUGUUCUUUAUCCACAGCUAGCUCAUGGGCAGCGAAGCUGACUAAAGUUUUGAACUCGGGUCUCUCAGCUAGGAAUGUAAUGCACAUCCAGCGGUCGGCUUAAAGAGACAUGUGAGGCAACACUUGUCCGUCCCAGUGAGGCGACAGACAAAUGCAUGAGGCUUCCCUUGUUUUUCACCGAAGAACCUUUCUUUUUUUUUUUUUUUUUUUUUGGAGGAAACAUUAAAUUGAGACUUUUGCUUCAAUUUUGCAAAAAUGCUGCAAAGCCAUUGUAGCUAUAGCUGGGCUUAACAAUGUACUUGUGUCACUCAUUCUUUGUUUUAUCUACUGUAUUUUUUUGUGUAUUAUACUUCAAAUGAUCAAAUAAAAAGGAGCAACAAAGAUAAAAUGGG